AUGGAGGGGGAGCAAGGAGGGAGCCGGGGGCGCCCGCCGCUGUCCCGCCAUGCACCGCGCGCGCGGCCUGUGCGGCCCGGGGCUCUCCGCGGCUCUCGGGGGGUCCCGGGCGCUCUCGGGGGGUCCCGGGCCCGGUUCGGGGGGUCCCGGGCCCGGUUCGGGGGGUCCCGCGCGGGGUUUGGGCCCCGAGGCCGAGGCGGACCCGGCGCUGCUCCGCUCCAGCAGCCCCGAGCUGUCCCGGCGGCUCGCGGGCUCGCCCUGGUCCGCGGCGGCUUCGUGAGCGAGGCGGAGGCGGCGGAGCUGCUGCGGGAGGUGGAGCCGGGGCUGGGCCGGGGGCGGUACCAGAGCGACCACUGGGACCGGGCCAUCAGCGGGUACCGGGAGACGGAGCGGGGCCUGCGGGGGGCGGCGGGGCGGGCGCUGCUGCUCCGGGUCACCCCCGCCUUCCCCGCCCGCCGCCCCCCCCGGCCCAGCGCCCACGUCCUGGACCUGCUGCCCGGGGGCCGGGUGGGGCCGCAUGUGGACAGCGUCAAGUUCUGCGGCUGCACCAUCGCGGGGCUGUCGCUGCUGUCCCCCAGUGUCCUGCGGCUCCGGAGCCUGCGGGACCCCCAGGACUGGCUGGAGCUGCUGCUGGAGCCGGGGUCUCUCUACGUGCUCCGGGGUGCUGCCAGGUACGAGUUCACCCACGAGAUCCUCCCGGACGAGGAAUCGUUCUUCGGGGGGCUCCGGGUGCCGCGGGGGCGCCGGGUGGCCCUGAUCUUCCGCAACGACCCCCCCGAGACGCCUCCGGAGCCUCUCAGCGACCUCCCGGCGUUUAUUGAGGACCCCCAGGACCCUCCAGCCCCCAAAUGAGCCCCCAAUAAACAGCGAUUCCCCCA